AACGUACCAGAAGCAGUAUGGUGGCGGAAGCCAUGCGUAGCGCAUGCUCAGGGAACUUUGAUUGGAAGUCUUUGGUUGCAUUGCAAAUCCUAGCAGCGUCUUCACUGGCUCUCUCGCUUGACACUAAUAUACACCAAGAUGGAGAUUUGAAGUUGGUGGACGGGCCCUUGCCUACGAUGGGAACUCUGUUGGUGUUCCGUGGCUACGGGUGGGGUCGUAUUUGUGAUGACCAUUGGACCAUGAAGGAGGCUCAAGUGGUGUGUCGACAGCUGAAAAUGGGAUACGCACUGGAAGCAAAUCGCCGCAAUCAUUAUGGGUCCAGAAUUUCAGCUGCCUACCUGAUGGACGAAGUACGCUGUACCGGAGCGGAGAAUCGCUUGACCGAUUGCCAGUUUGCUGGGUGGGGUAUACAUGAUUGUAAGCAAAAUGAAGAAGUCGGGGUUAAGUGCGCGUAUGAAGCUCCCAUUGUCCAACGUUCCGUAACAAACCCACUGAGCAUAAAGCUGAGGGACUCCGAACUGAUGCGCAUGAGAUCGAUGGGCAUUACUCUCAAGAAACCGCGAUUACCAUCAGACAUUUCAGCACAAGCAGAAUUGAAGAUUGCCAGUUUCUAUCCCGUAAUUGUCACAUUGGAAGACGGAACUAUGGGAUCAGUUUGUUCAGACCAUUUCCGCGGUGCCGAAGCUAUAGUAUUUUGCCACCAAAUAGGUUUGGGAAGAGGGGGGCGCGUUAUUCCGAUGCCACGGCACCACACCGGCCUAGGUGCUAACACAUCGGUGGCAAUCAUCGGAAGGUGUUACGGCAAUGAGACCCAACUUUCGCAGUGUGUCACCUAUGCAGAUCCAAACGGUGUUCCAUGCAAUUCCCCUCUAGCUGCUGCAGUGGAAUGCACCAAAAACCUCCCAGACUUGGUUCCUGACCGAUACAGUCUAGAAAGUUCAGCCUACUUGCAAAAGAUGAGUUUGUGGUUACUGGAGUGUGCGCUUGAAGAAAACUGCUUGCCGGACACAGUCUACCGAAUCAUUGACAGAAACCCUACGAGCUAUGCUUGGAUGACAAGGACAUUAUUGAGGUUUUCUUCUAUCAUUGAAAAUAUUGGUACGGACGUGUUCAGGCCACUUGAGAAACCCGACAACUGGGAGUGGCAUGCAUGUCACAUGCAUUAUCACAGUAUGAAGAUUUUUUCACGCUAUGAAGUCGUUGACCCAGAAAAACGUCUGGUUGCAGUUGGUUUGAAGGCCAGCUUCUGUUUGGAAGAUAAUAUAUGCAGGUCUGGCGUUAUACCACAUUUUAGAUGCAGCAACGUGGUUGACAGCAAGGGGACGCAAGGCAUCUCACCUGGAUGUAAAGAUAUGUAUCUUCACGACUACGACUGCCAGUGGGUAGAUGUAACUGACAUUGCACCGGGCAGAUACACUUUCCAGGUUUCCUUUAAUCCUGACUUUCUAGUUCCAGAGUCGAACUACUUUAACAACGCCCUCACUUGUGAACUCACACACAUGGGCCAUCAAGCAGUGCUGCGACAAUGUCGACAUGUUCACCCCAACGACCUUAUUUAAAUGCUUGAUUACACUUGUCAUUUAACUGGAAAAAUGAUUCUCCCGCACUGACUAUUUUGAAAUUUGCCAUAUCUCUCUGUUAUCUGUAUCUAUAGAAUUUGCUUUCCAUUUUAUGUGCGAUCAGCUGUCACUGAUGCAAAAAACUAGACGUAUUGAAGGAGAAUCU